UCACUCGGUAUGGCGGGCCGACGGCUGUGCCUCGCGCUGGCGUGCGUGGCGCUCGUCUGCCAGGCCAGGCCCGGGGUCAAGCCCGCCAAGCAGGUCCUCUUCGGCGGCCCGUUCGGCAGGAGAGGAGGACCUCCGAGUCAAGAAAGAGAUGCUGAAAUGAUUCCCCAAGAUAUCCCGAGACGGGGCGGUGAUCCCAGCGGAAGCCGACGCGCGGCGGGAGGAGCUCCAGGUGACAGUGGCGGCGACGCCAGAGGUCGGGGAGGCUUUCCAGGCGCCGGCGGCGGCGGCGGUGCCCGAGUGUUUCCCGUUGGAAGGGGUGGCGGCGGCCGAGUGUACCCCACCAGAGGCGGCGGACGGCGCGGCGGCUACCCGUUCAUCUUCGCCGGCGGCGGCGGCGGCGGCCGGCGGUACCCUGGUGGCGGAGUCUUCCCAUUCCUUGUCGGAGGCGGCAGGCGCGGCGUCAGGGGCGGCGCCGGGGUGCCACGUGUCAUACCUGGCGGCGGCGUGUUCCCUUUCCUGGUCGGAGGAGGACGACGAGGGCAACGGGGCGGCCAGUACCCCGUGGUGGUCCGUCGGGGAGGCGGCCGCGGCGGUGGUCAGUACCCCGUCGUCGUCGUUAGGAGAAGAGGCGGCGGUCAGUUUCCGGUCGUGGUGGGAGCGCCCCGGCGGCGUGGUGCCGGCGGCGGCACUGUGUUCGUAAGGCGCGGAGGGGGAGGACCGCCCCCGCGCAGAGGAGGCGGCGGCACCGUGCACGUAGUGCGCGGAGGGGGAGGACCGCCUCCGCGACGAGGAGGCGGCGGUAACGUGCACGUAGUGCGCGGAGUGGGAGGACCGCCCCCGCGCAGAGGAGGCGGCGGUAACGUGUAUGUAGUGCGCCAAGGGGGAGCACCGCCUCCGCGGCGAGGAGGCGGCGGCACCGUGUACGUAGUGCGCGGAGGGGGAGCACCGCCUCCGCGGCGAGGAGGCGGGGGCACCGUGUACGUAGUGCGCGGAAGAAGAGCACCGCCCCCGCGGCGAGGAGGCGGCGGCACCGUGUAUGUUGUGCACGGAGGGGAAAGACAGCCCCGGCGACGUCGUGGCCUUUCCCCGCGACGUCGGGACAACGACAGCGACGAGGGUCGGGACGACUCGGGCGUCGACGCGGGCGGCAACGACCGACGCGGAGGCUCGGGCGGCAGGGCGACACCACCCGUGAGAGGAAAAAAAACGACAGCAGAACGGCGACGACGGCCGCCGGGGUGACGGCCCCCGAGAAGGCCGCCGGGCCCGUCACCCUGGCGGGGGGAUGCACAGCCGCCGCCGGCGCAGCAGUGACCUGCCCCCGCCCUGGUUGGGGGUUGCGCCGUGGCUUAGGCCGUGGGACUGGGCCGGCCGUCUGACGCCUCGCCGUCGCGCUGGUCGGCGCGGCCGGCGCGGCGGCGCGCCCCGGUGGACCUUCGCUGGUCUCAGAAACGCCGGCUUCGGCCUCUACGUGCGUGAGGGAAACGCCAGCUUUUUCGGGCCCAGCGGCAAGGGAAGGUAGGCAUCUGGGCGCCGGGUGCGGCGCGACGCGCCCAGUGAGGAGAGUCCCGUCAGUAAUGCCUUCUGCGUCAAUGUAGAUUACAUAAAUUAUUUACAAGCAGGCUGCGUCGUCUUACUCGUUAGUUCUUAUGAGAAGAGUACCUUCCAUCAUUUGUGAGAUGUGCCUGUCCACGCUCGGAUGAAUACAUACCUGGACGUUAUUUCCUGCUACGCGUCGGUUCUAUUAUUAAAUUAUAUUAUUAAAUUAUAUAUAUUAUUUAUUAUAUUAAAUAUAGUAUAUUAAAGGCUCUUCACGAGUUGUUUGGAGUAUUUCUGUCAGAUGGGGAGAGUAAGUGAGCGAGCGAGCAAAACGAGUGAACAAUCAUACAGAGCGAGAGCAAAUCCGGGCGCGACUGGUUUAUUAGUUCGCUCGAUAUCUUCAUGUCAGUUCAUUUCGUAUAUUCGGGAAGGCGUACUGCAUCGAGUUCUGGGCCGUUAUUAUUGCCGGGAGAUUAUGCAAUGGCCGUGUGCGGUCUACGUACCCCCUUAAAAAGCACAUAAAUGGUUGCCUUGGACGCUAGGGAUGGCUAUUGAUGAAGUAACCGUGCACGUCAUUUUUAAAGGGGGGGGGGGAUAACCUUAUGCGGGAAUCAGCGGUGUUAAAGCUGAAGCUUCAGGUGGAAACACCCAAAGGAGGAAUUCAACUUGUAUUUCUAUUUACAAGGAGAUAAACAAAAAUGGAUAUGUUUUGUGACUUCUCAAAUAACCCUAGGCUCGGCAUCACAACAGAGCGAUCCUGUUGAGUGACAGCUCAACGCGGUACGCAUCCUGCCGAGAAAGAAAAGUGUGGUGGUGCACGGCAUUUGAAUCAAUACAAUUAGAAAUUGAGACUUCUCACUACAUGUGAUUUCCAUGCAUACUUUAUGCUCUUUCGGAUUUCCCAUGCUGCGACCACUAUUUCAGCGCGGGGCUUUGUACCUCGGCGAAGAUAGUCUUGGGAAGGGUGGAAAAGCCGUUGGUUACAAAUUAUCGUUGUGUAUAUCAAUCCACGUUGUUAGUGUGGGUGGCGUGGGCUUGCUCUGUUGCGGGCCACUGGACGGGGUGUUGACGACUCCUUGAAGGCCUCGAUUCGGUAAGCAUUAUGAGCUUGGAAUCGGUGUGCUUGCAUGAUACGCAGUGAACAAAUGCUGUGAUUUUUUGUGCGUGCAUAUGACCUUACCUCUUGAAUACAUAACUGCGCAAUGUUUGCCUCACAGCCUCCAUUGCCCCUACAAGACGGCUCACAUUGCGGCGAGCAUUUUAUUUUAUUUCAGUGGUCUGGGUUUUGAUAACCUUGUGGCCCUGGUGUAUGUGUUUAUCUACU